AUGCCGCUCACACUCCCCGCGCUCCUGGCCGCCGCGCUGGCGCUGCUCCUCGGGCUGCCGGCGGCGCGGGCCGGAGCCGGUCCGGGUCCCGGUACCGGGGCGGCGGGCGCGGGCCCCGUCGUGCGCUGCGAGCCCUGCGACGCCCGCGCCCUGGCCCGGUGCGCGCCCCCGCCGGCCGGCUGCGCGGAGCUGGCGCGGGAGCCGGGCUGCGGCUGCUGCCUCACGUGCGCGCGGCGCGAGGGCCAGGCGUGCGGCGUCUACACGGAGCGCUGCGGCGCCGGCCUCCGCUGCCUCCCGCCGCCCGGCGAGGCCCCGCUGCGGGCGCUGCUGGAGGGCCGCGGGCUCUGCGCCAACGCCAGCGCCGCCGCCCGCCCGCCCGCGCCAGCAAACGGCAGUGAGUCGGAGGAAGAGCAGAGCACAGUGACCGCAGGGAGCCCGGCGCUGACGGGCACACACUGGGCCCCCGACUCCAGGUUCCACCCCGGCCACACCAAGAUGGAUGCCAUCAGGAGGGGGAGCGCCAAGGACAGCCAGCGCCACAAGGUCCACUCGGGGGCCCAGAGCACCGUCACCCAGAACUUCUCCUCCGAGACCAAGCAGGACACAGAAUACGGGCCCUGCCGCCGGGAGAUGGAGGACACGCUGAACCAACUCAAGUCCCUGAGCACCCUGAGCCCGCAGGGCAUCCACCUCCCCAACUGCGACCGGAAGGGCUUCUACAAGAGGAAGCAGUGCCGCCCGUCCAAGGGCAGGAAGCGUGGCUUCUGCUGGUGCGUGGACAAGUACGGGCAGCCCCUCCCCGGCCACGACCCGCGGGGCCGGGCGGACGUGCACUGCGACGGUGUGGAGAGCCCGUGA